CCUCUUCCCGGGCAGCUCCGCGCCUGCGCACUCUCUACCACGUGUGCAGGGGGUGUCAGCAUGGCGGCGGUAGCUGGUGGAGCGGAGAGUUGCUGUUGCUGCGCCUUUUCCCCGGGGCCAGCCCAGUGCUUGGCGGCGGCCGCAGCGGAUGGUCGGAUUCGGGUGUGGAACACGCAGAGCGGCAGCCUUCGGCACGAGUACGUGCCUUCCUCGCAUCUCAGCGCCACUUGCAGCUGCUUGUCGUGGGCUCCCCCGCGGCGACUCCGUCAGGAAGGUCCUCGGAAGAAAAAGAGGCGAUCAGAAGAUGAGAAAGGUUUGGAAGAAUUAGACCUGUUGGCUAUUGGUACAGCGGUUGGUAGCAUCUUGUUAUACAGCAUAGUAAAGGGAGAACUACAGAGUAAACUGGGUGGUGGACAUGACAAUAAAGUAAAUUGCGUGCGGUGGCAUCAAGAAAAUGAAUGUCUCUAUAGCUGUUCAGAUGACAAGCACAUAGUGGAAUGGAGCAUACCGACAGGAAAAGUAAAAUGCAAAUGGAAAGCCGAGAAAGGCAGCAUCAGUUGUCUUUGUCUCAGCCCAGAUGGAAAGAUGUUGCUAUCAGCGGGCCGUGGCAUCAAACUGUGGGAUCUGGAGACCAAAGAAGUAUACAGAAAAUUUACUGGCCACGCAACAACAGUCUCCUCACUCGUGUUUGCCACAAUACGACCACCUAGUGACAGUCAGCCAUUUGAUGGAAUAACAGGCCUGUAUUUCCUGUCUGGAGCUAUGCAUGACCGACUCCUUAAUGUUUGGCAGGUGCGAUCAGAUGGGAAAGAUAAGAAUGCCGUGCUGUCCUUCACACUGACAGAGGAGCCCAUAUAUGUGGAUCUGACCAGUUCAGGAGAAAGAGAAGAU